AACAUCAUCAUCAUCAUCUAGCAGCUCACGUGACCUUCCUGUCCGCCAUGACCUUGAAACUGUCGUACUUUGACCUGAGGAGUCGAGCUGAGACCAGCCGACUCGUGUUACACGCCGCCAAGAAAAAGUUUGAGGACAACAGGAUACCCUUCAGCGAAUGGUCGAAAGUCAAGCCGACAACCCCCUUCGGUAGCCUCCCAGUUCUUGAAGUUGACGGUCAAACAUACGCGCAAGGGAUCGCCAUAGCAACCUAUCUAGCUAUGGAAAAUGGUUUGUUCGGAUCAAACAAUUUGGAGGCCUUAGAAAUUAAUCAGUUGCACUUGUUGAGGGAAGAUUUGAUCGUUGAGGAGGUCAAGGUCUUCCAGGUUAAAGAUCCCGAAAAAAAGAAUGAACUAGUGGAUAACAUGAACAAAAAUGUUUACCCGAGAUUUUUGAAUUACUUCAACAAAAUCCUCCUCAACAACCAAGAAAAGAACAAAACAAACUUUACUGUUGGAACAAAGCUAAGUCUUGCAGAUAUUAUCAUAUUCGAGGGAAUACAAAAUGUUGUACAGACCAACCCCCAGCUGUUGGACAACUAUCCCGCACUGAAAGCCCUCCGGGCAACCGUGGCUGAGGUUGAUGGCAUCAAGCAGUACCUGGCUACCAGAAAACAAACAGAUCUUUAACCAGCCAAGUUCUAGCUUCACGUGACAUUCAGGGCAACAUUAACUCUUUAAUGACGUAGUCAUUUUAUCACCCAUUCUUACUCUGUACAUAACUCACAUCCAUAUAUUCACGUCAAUGUUUGGUGUAAUUUAUUAUUUUUUGACAUAUUGUUGAAUAAACUUUAAACCUUUCGGAA